AGACAGAGACUGCCAAUCAGCACUGGGACAGAAGAGGCAGAGCAGUGUUUGUGUGUGUGUGUGCGUGUGUGUCUGUGUAUAGGGAAAGGGAAUACUUUAGAUUAGCCUGCUGCUGGUGCUUUACCAGAGACAGGGAGACAAGAACAGAGAUAAUGCCCCAGAAUGUGGUACUGGAAGGUCCGGCCCCCUGGGGCUUCAGACUGUCUGGAGGGAAGGACUUUAAACAGCCUCUGACCAUCACUAGGGUGACACCUGGCAGCAAAGCCUCGCUGGCCAACCUCUGCCCCGGUGACAUCAUCCUGGCAAUAGAGGGCCUGAAUACAGAAGGGAUGACUCACAGCGAAGCCCAGAACAAGAUCAAGGACUCCACCUACCAGCUGGGGCUCAAGAUUGAACGGCCUGAGACCAAGCUGUGGUCACCCCAAGUCACGGAGGAUGGGAAAGCAAACCCAUUUAAACUCAAUUUGGAGGCAGAACAGCAAGACCUGGGCUACUUCGAACACAAGUUUAAUGUCAGGCCAAAGCCCUUCAUACCAGCCGGCCAAAGCAGUAAGUGCCCUCCUCAGCAAGGUCAAAUGGGAAACGGUCAUCAGACGGUCACCCUCUCCCCCGCUGACCCUCCCUUGUCCGCUAACCCCCGCCCAGACCAACACCUCCCUACCAGUGCUCAGUAUAACUCCCCCAUUAACCUCUACUCUGGGGAAACCUCCUCCGCUGCUCAGCAGCUGGCUCAGACCACCUCACUAGAGGAACAGGUCCCUCUAAGUGGAAAAACACUGACAUCCAUCGAGGACUCUCACGUAUAUCGGAUGCUCCGGGAUGAUGACGAGAGGCCACAUCAGCCCCGUCAGUCAGGCUCCUUUAAGGCUCUGCAGGAACAUGUGGAGACUGAUGGAGUAAAGCCGCUGGUCACCAGGAGUGUAAGAGCUCCGGUGACAAAGCCUCCACCGCUGGCAGGGUCGCUACAGAAAUUACCCCUCUGUGACAAGUGUGGAAACGGCAUAGUAGGCACAGUGGUGAAGGCCAGAGAUAAAUUCCGUCACCCUGGAUGUUUUGUGUGCUCAGACUGCAACAUAAACCUGAAGCAGAAGGGCUACUUCUUUGUGGAGGGGCAGCUAUACUGCGAGACCCACGCCCGGGCACGGACGAUUCCUCCCGAGGGUCACGAUAUUGUCACUGUUUACCCCACAGCUUGAGACCAGUGGAUGAGUAUAUCUGCACACCUGUUAAUGAACUGGAACAAAAACUGUAACUUACCCCCCCCCCCCCCCCCCAUUCAUACUUUUUGGGAAAAACAAUAUAUAUUGUUCCACAAGUUGCACAGAGGAUAUGCCAUACUACAGUGGUAUUUAUCAGCAAUACCCCCUGAACUGAACGGCUCAUAUAAUUACUUGUGGGCAUUACAAUGUGAUUGGGAAUUAGCUUAUCACUGCCAAAAAUGCAACCAUUUAGCUUUUAAAAAAAUAAAGAUAUUGUUAUGCCUUGUGAAUAUCAACUGUACCUUGUGAUUUAAAGGCAGGUUUUCUGAAUAUGUUGCAAAAGUGGUUACAACCUGUAAUAAAACAUAAUACAAACAUA